AUGUCAGUCGAGCACAAGUCAGUCUAUGUUCGUCUUUACUGUGAUGCAGACAGGAGAGUAGCCACCUUUUCCCUAGCUCUCGUCCUUGUCGUCUUCGUGUGGCCGUGGCCCGUCGAGUUCGCCCUCGGCCGCACCCACGGCAACCCGCUGCGGUGGCGCCGCCGCGUCGGCUUCCGCGACAAGGAGAUGUACGUGCGCCGCAGCCGCGACUGGGACCGCAAGCUCCGAAACGGCCACGGCCACGGCGACGGCGACGGCGCCGACGUCCUCCAGAGCGCCGAGACGCGCGCCGCCCUGCUGGCCCUCGUCCGCCAGGCCACGUCGCCCAUGCUGCAGCACGAGAAGACGGGCUACCUGACCAUGAACGGCGAGUGGGACCUCGACUGGGAGGCCAUGGUGACGGCGCACGCCCUGGUCGACCGCAAGGACAUGGCCCUCGACGCCUUCCGCGCCGUCGUCCUCGUCCACCACGUCGAGUACGGCUGGAUGGCCCUGGCGCAGCCCCGGGACGACGCCGCGCAGGAGGCCGGCGUUCCUGUCGACGUUGACGUCGACGCCCGCCGCCAGCAGGUCUUUGCGUUUCGCGACGCCCUCGCCGCCGUCGGCAAGGAGGACCUGUUCUUCCGCUGGAUCGAGAUUGUGCAGUACGAGUCGACCCAGCCGGGCGGCUUCGGGCCCGAGCGCCAGGUCGAUGCGGCCAAGAAGAUUCGCGACCUGUUCAGCAACGAGGGCAUUGACUUUGACGAGUUUUGGAAGGAGAGCGUCGGCGAGGAUGCCGAGGCAUCUUUUUAG